AUGUUUGUAAAAUAUUUAUUUAAAAGAUUAAAAAUUUAUUAUUUUUAUCCAAUUUUUAAAUUAACAAAUACAUUUACAUUUUGUGAUUCCAAUACAUUUUUUACCAAUAAACAAAAUGUUUAUAUGUUUGGUUAUAAAAAUUCAUUACCAGAAGGUUUAAAUAAUCAUAAAUUAUUUCAAACAAUUGAUAAAAAUUCAAAAUUAUAUAUUUGGGGUUCAAAUAAAGAAAAUAUAUAUGUUAUAAAAAAUAUUAAUAAUAUACUUGAAAAUAUUAAUAACCACACCAAUGGUACUAGCAGUACUACUGGUACUAAUAAUACUACUAAUACUACCAAUACCAAUGCCAACACUACUAAUACUACCACUACCAAUGGACCAGACACCGUUACUGAAAAUGAGAAAAUAAAAUUUGAGAUGGAAGAGAUAAAAGAAUUUACAAAUAAAUUAUUAUAUAAUAAUCCAAAAAUUAUACGUAUGAAUAUUGGACAAUAUCAUAAUGCUUUCAUAUCUGAUGAUGGAACUUUAUAUUGUUCUGGUAAUAAUGAAUAUGGACAAUGUGGACAAAAACCUAAACAACUUUAUAAAGAUUCAACAUUUCUUAUUUAUAAACAAAAUAAUAUUAUUGAACAUAUUCCACCAACAAAAGUAAAAUUUAAAGAAAAUGUAAAAAUAAAAGAUGUAGUAUGUGGUUUAACACAUACAAUAUGUAUUGAUACUAAUAAUAAUAUAUAUUCAUUUGGUGAUGAUAAUAAAAUACAAUUAUUUUUUGGUGAAAGUAGAGGAAAAUCAAUAUUUGAACAUCGAUAUUAUAAAACUUAUCUUAAAUAUAUAUACAAUUUUUCACCAAUAAAUACAUCAACAAUUAUAUAUAAUAAUAAAGAAAAACAUUUACAAUAUGUACCAAUAAAAAUAAAUAAUUUAUCAUUUUUAAAAAAUUAUGAAAAUAUUAUUAAAAAUUCUAUUAUUAAUUUACAAGCUGGUAAUUAUUUCACUAUUAUAUCCAUUACACCCAUUAAUCAUAAUACUAAUGGUAGUAUAAUAAUUGGAAGUGGUAAUAAUGAAUAUGGACAAUGUGGUAGUAUGGAUCCAAUGACAACAGUACCAAAAAAAAUAAAAAUAUCAAAUAAAUAUGUUAAACAAUUAUCUUGUGGUUCUUCACAUUGUUUAUUAUUAACACAUGAUAAUUAUAUUUAUUAUUGGGGUGAUAAUAAAUUUAAUCAAUUAAAUCAAAAUAAAAAGAAGAUAAUAAUACCAGAAAAAUUAAAAAUGAAAGAAAAUGAAGAAAUAAAAUAUAUUAAAUGUUCAUAUAAUAAUUCUGUAAUAAUAACAAAAACAAUUUAA